AUGGAUUCCGCCGGCCAUAUUCUAUUGACAGCCAGCAACUUGUACGCUCGGGCAAACGCUACCAAUGGAACCAGCACCGAAGCAAGCCAAGAUCACGCCUCGAGACCUCCAGUAUACAAAGCAAUUGGUAUCAUUCUUGCCGUAUGCUCUGGUCUCUUUAUUGGCACAUCGUUCGUCUUGAAAAAGCAUGGCUUGCUCAAGGCGAAUGAGAAGUACAACGAGGCUGCUGGCGAGGGCUACGGUUACCUCAAAAAUGGGUGGUGGUGGACAGGAAUGAUUCUGAUGAUCAUAGGCGAGAUUUGCAACUUUGUGGCAUACGCUUUUGUCGAUGCCAUUCUUGUUACCCCUUUCGGAGCUCUCAGUGUUGUCAUCACUACGGUACUAUCUGCAAUCUUCCUCAAAGAACGUCUCAGUUUCGUUGGCAAGGUUGGUUGCUUUCAAUGUGUGAUUGGCGCCGUCAUCAUCGCCCUGAAUGCUCCUGAGCAAUCUUCCGCUGCCAACAUCCAGCAAAUGCAACAUUUUGUCAUCGCACCGGGUUUCUUGACAUAUACUGGAGUUGUCAUUCUAGGCUGUGCCUUUACUGCUCUUUGGGCUGGUCCCCGCUACGGCAACAAGAGCAUGUUUGUCUAUCUCACCAUUUGCAGUCUUAUUGGCGGAUUGAGCGUUGUUGCGACCCAAGGUCUUGGUGCUGCUAUCGUUGCUGCGAUUGGCAAGACUACCCCUGUCAACCAGUUCAAGCAAUGGUUUCUCUGGGUCUUGUUCGUUUUCGUUAUUGGUACUCUCUUGACUGAGAUCAUUUAUCUCAAUAAAGCGCUCAAUAUCUACAACGCCGCUCUGGUCACACCGACAUACUACGUCUACUUUACUUCUGCCACCAUCAUCACCUCAGCUAUCUUGUUCAGAGGAUUCGGUGGCAGCACAGUGGGUAUCGUGAGUGUCAUCAUGGGCUUCCUGACAAUCUGUUCUGGUGUUGUGCUGCUCCAACUUGCGAAAUCCUCCAAGGAUGUGCCGGACACAGCUGUCUUCAAAGGAGACCUGGAUCAAGUCCGCACCAUUGCCGAGCAGGAAGAGCCAGAGACCGAACCACGCGCCGAUACUAUUCGUGGCGGUGCCGCAAUCGUUCGCGCGAUGAGCAGAAAACGUACUAUGAAGCAGCUUGACGAAGCUCGCACAAUCGCUAGCGAGCACAUGGAACCCAUUGGCGAGGACGAUCAAGUCUACUUCGAUGGCAUACGUCGCCGCAAGACUGUCGUCGGAUCCAGUGGACACCAAUCGUUACGGUCAUCAACAAGGACUGCCCAUCCUCCUCUGGGGCUGACACACUUC